CCCGUUUCCAUGGGAACGGGCGGAGCGGGCGGUGGGACUCCCCGGGCCGCGACCCCCCGCUCGCCGCCAUGUUCGCGGACCGGACGGUGGCCGGUGCUGAGGUGCAGUCGCUGUGGAGGAGCGCCCGGACUGCACGCUGCGAGGCGAAAAGCUGCCAGACUGGGAAAAUUUCGACAGUAGAAACUGCAGUACAGUCUCAUAGUAGCCGAGAUGCUGGUGUGCAGACAGAUCAAAGUAAAGAUGCUGUCCAAGACUUCCAGCAAGAAGUCCAAGUGGACUACACUAGCCUUCUGUCAUUCCUUCAGAGAGUGGAAGAUGCUGUUAUCAAAGAGCUAAAUAAGAACUGGAAGAGCCGUGCCUUCGAUGGCUUUGCAGUGAACUGGACGGAUCAGACCGAAACAGUGUUGUGUUUGCACACACUGUCCUACCCAGAGGCUCAGGAUCAAAACCUCCAGGUUACCAGCGUCUCGUGGAACGCAACCGGAGCCGUUGUCGCGUGUUCCUAUGGCCGGUUGGAUGAUGGGGACUGGAGCACAGAAAAAUCCUACAUCUGUACCUGGAAUCUGGACAGAAGGGGGUUGAAUCCGCAGCGCCCUGACCUAGUGGUGGAUGUUCCCAGUUGUGUCAUGUGCCUGGCUUUCCACCCCUCCCAGCCUGCGCUGGUCGCUGGUGGCCUGUUCAGCGGGGAGCUGGUGGUGUGGGACACCAGCAGAACAGAAGACCCUGUGAUGUGGAGAACAGGGCUGACAGAUGACACUCACACCGACCCAGUCUAUCAGGUUGGCUGGAUUCCUGACGCCAAGCACAGAAACCACCACCGGCUGCUGAGUGUGUCGACGGACGGAAAGAUCCUGGUGUGGAGGGAGGAGCGAGACGGUCGGCUGGUCUUGGCCGAGGGGUUCGCCGUGGUGGCUCAGCAGGUCCCACGCAACGCUCAGCUGAAGAAGUUGGCCUGGGGGGAGGCGGCCGUGGGUGUGACCUCGCUGUCCUUCUCACACUUCGAUCCCCACGUGUUCGUUGUGGGUGUGGAAGGUGGAUACUCCCUCAAGUGCUCCAUGGCAGCAGAGACACCAGCUCUCCAUCGCACGGGCAGUUCUGUUCCCCUCAGGGCACCAGCAGAGCUCGCCUUCUCCCCGCACGGUGGCCCCGUCUACUCCGUGAGCUGCUCGCCCUUCCACAGGAACCUCUUUCUGAGCUGUGGGACUGACGGACAGGUUCACUUGCACUCCAUGUUGCAGACACAACCCCUCCUCUCCCUCCAGUUAUCAAAGAAAUACCUCUUCUGUGUCCGCUGGUCUCCAGUUCGACCACUGGUCUUCGCAGCUGCCUCUGGGGAAGGAGACGUGCACCUGUUUGACUUUGAGAAGAGCUCACAGAAACCAGCCCUCUCCAUAAAGCAGGCCUCGGGCGACCGCCCCGUGUACUGUCUGGAAUUUAACCCCAAGCAGAGUCGGCUCCUGGCCGCAGGGGACGCUGCUGGUACCCUCAGAGUCUGGCAGCUGAGCUCGGACUUCACCGAGCAGGGACCCAGGGAAAUGACUCACCUGGAGCAGCUGGCCAGCGAGAUCGCGGACUGAGGCGGCCACACGACCAGCUGGUGAAGCUCGUUACCACCCUGACUCCAGGAAAAGUUGCCCACUCACCUCUGUGUCAGCCUGUGAAACACACCCAACUACCACAGCUGGAGUUUCACCCACGAAACAUUUGCAUUUAGCCAUUAAACACAAGAUGAUGUGGUUCGA